AUGAUUGAACAAGACGGUCGAGCUAACUCAACAGAUUCGACUAUUGAAUUCCAGACUGGCCACCACUACAUGUUCCAACAAUAUCAUGGUGACUAUCAUUCUCGUAUCACGACAAAAGAAUUUCGAAAAGGCAAUUUUUUAUUUGAUAAAGCUCCGGGCAUUAAUAUCAACUGUCCACCGCUUUAUCAUUCAGAUUUAACAAUAGGUUAUUACUUUCUUGCAAUCACUCUCAGUAGAAAUAAUCAACAAAGCUUAAUUCUGGAAUAUUACGAGAAAUCUCUAAAGAUCGGUAUUAAAUCAAUAUCUUCGAACAGUCUUCAUCUCGUAAGUAUUUAUGCUGCAGCUGGAAAGACCUAUCGAAGAAUGGAAAAUAUACAAAAUGCUACUGAAUAUUGUCAAAAAGCUGUUGCCAUCACAAAUCGUGCGUUGUCAAAAGUGACAUAUCUAGUCUGUCGUAUUUUCCAUUCAAGAUUGUCGUUGAGGCUCUGUAAAUCUUUCCAAUAA